AUGUCUUUGUUAAUAGAAGGUCCAAAACAACCUGGGAAUGAACUAGAUGUGUAUUUGGCUCCGUUAAUUGACGACUUAAAGACAUUGUGGAAUGAGGGCGUUGAAGUGUUUGAUGGAUACAUGAAUAAGAAUUUUCAGUUACGGGCCAUGCUUUUUUGCACUAUUAGUGAUUUUCCAGCAUACGCAAAUUUGUCAGGAUGUGGUACUAAAGGGGCUAUGGCAUGUCCCCAUUGUGAAGAUAAUACAUGUUCGAGAUGGUUAAAACAUUGUAAGAAAACAGUCUAUAUGGGCCAUCGGAGAUCGCUUUCAUUGGGACGCUCAUACCGUAACAUGUCUAGUUUGUUUGACGAUGAACCUGAGCCCAAUACUUUGAGAGCACCAUUGAAUGGAGCUACAGCAUUCUCUCGGGUUGAAAACUUUGACAGUGCUUUUGGUAAGAAAAGGAAAAGAGGAAAGUCAAAAAGCCUUUGGAAAAAGAAGUCCAUUUUUUGGGAUUUACCUUAUUGGAAGGAUUUGCAGGUUCGACACUGUAUUGAUGUUAUGCAUAUUGAGAAAAAUGUCUGUGAAAGUUUGAUUGGCUUAUUGUUAAACAUUCCUGGAAAAUCAAGAGAUGGUAUUAAUGCUCGAAAAGACCUGGUCCAUAUGGGAAUUCGAAGAGAGCUUGCUCCACAAGAAAAUAAUGAUGGUAGUCGAACUUAUUUGCCACCUGCUUGCUAUAACAUGUCUAAGGCUGAGAAAACCUCUUUUUGCAAUAGCUUGCAUGGUAUUAAGGUUCCAUCAGGGUAUUUUGCCAACAUCAAGAGACUGGUAAAACUAGAUGACAUGAAAUUGAAGGGAAUGAAAUCCCAUGAUUGUCAUGUUUUGAUGACACAAAUGAUUCCGGUUGCAAUUCGUGGGUUACUUCCAGAUCGCGUUCGACACACAAUAACAAAGUUGUGUAUGUUUUUUGAUAAUAUCAAUUCUAAAGUUAUUGACCCCGAAGUGUUGGAUUCAUGGCAAAGUGAAAUCAUCUUGACUCUUUGUCAACUUGAGAUGUAUUUUCCGCCUUCUUUUUUCGAUAUCAUGGUUCACCUGAUCUCCCAUAUUGUAUAUGAAAUUAAGAUUUGUGGACCGGUAUUCCUACGAUACAUGUAUCCAUUUGAGAGAUACAUGGGUUUCUUAAAAGGAUAUGUAAGGAAUAGAUAUCGACCAGAAGGCAGUAUUGUUGAGGGAUAUGCUUCAGAGGAGGUUAUUGAAUUUUGUAUCGACUAUUUCGAAGGUUUAAAAAGUAUCGGGGUCCCGGUGGGUCGACAUGAGGGUAGACUUGGAGGGGUUGGUACAAUUGGAAAGAAGGAGGAAUUCCCGCCACAAGAUUAUAUGCAUCGGGCACAUUUUACAGUUCUACAACACAUGACAUGUAUUGGUGAAUAUGUUAAUGAACACAAAGCAUUUUUAAAAAGUAAUAAUAGGUCGAAGAGAGAUUCAUGGUUGGAUGCACAACACUACAAUACCUUCGCGUCAUGGUUGCAAGCUAAGGUAGAGAAUGAAGAGUUUGUAGAUGAACAAGUGAAAAGGUUGGCUUUUGGUCCAAAACAAUGUGUGUUGAAAUACCAAGCUUAUGACAUCAAUGGUUACACAUUUUACACCAAACAACAAGAUGCAAAAAGUACAAUGCAAAACAGUGUGGUAACGGUAAUAGCCACAACCACAACUUUUUCCACGAGAGAGUCUGUCGCAAAGAAUUCUUAUUAUGGUACUAUUGAAGAAAUCGUGGAACUUGAUUAUCAUGCUUUCAAGAUACCGCUCUUUAAGUGUAAAUGGGUGGAAAAUAGAAGAGGUGUUAACGUUGAUAGAGAAUACGGUUUCACUUUUGUUGACCUAUCUACAAAUGGCUAUGCAUCAGAACCGUUUUUUUUAGCUAGAUUGGCCACCCAAGUCUUCUUUGUUGAGGACCCGACUAAUUCAAGACGACACAUCGUCCUACAUGGGAAACGAUGCAUACUUGGUGUUGAGAAUGUUGUAGACGAGGAAGAAUAUGAUCAAUUUGAUGAGCUACCUCCAUUUUCCAUGGCUAAUAUUUUAUCAACGGACGAUGUUAUUGACAACGCUAUUUACUUAAGGUCGGACCACACGAAAGGUGUAUGGACUAAUAUACCUCGCGCUUCAUGA